AUGGAAUCACUUUAUUUCACAGACAAUUCACCAUCGUUUAUCAGUGUAAAUAUUAAUGACUUUAAGUGUGUCAAACUUGAUGUAUCUAUAGAUGGUGUUGCAGAGCUUGUUCUUAUCAGUAAAAACAAAUUGAAUAUGAUGACAGAUCAAUUCUUUAAUGAUAUGAUGAUGCAUAUUGUUAACAAAAAGUUUGUUGCAAUUUUUGAUAAGAUACAAAGCGAUAAAGCAAUUAAAUCAGUUAUAAUAUGGUCGGAUGGCAAGGUAUUCACUGCUGGUCUUGACCUGAUGGCUGCUUCCACUAUGAUGACAUCGGACGAUUCUCUCUCGCAAGCAGACCAGAAUUUGGCAUUGUUCAAGAUGAUUAGACGUUGGCAAGCUGCAUUCGAUAAGAUUCAGAAGUGUUCGAAACCGGUGAUCGCUGCCAUCCACAGUCAUUGUAUUGGUGGCGGUGUUGACAUGGUCAGUGCGUGUGACAUCCGUCUCUGCUCGGAAGACGCAACCUUUGCCAUCAAAGAGACGAAACUGGCGAUCGUAGCGGAUCUCGGUACACUCCAGCGUAUCGAGAAGAUUGUCGGACCGGGCUUCGCGCGUGAGAUGGCAUUCACCGGUAAGUCGAUCAAUGCCGCCACCGCAGAGAAACACGGCUUGGUCAACCGUGUCUACAAAGACAAGGCGGCACUGCUCUCAGAAGCACGACACCUCGCUUCACAGAUCGCAGCAAACUCACCGCUCGUCGUACAAUCGACAAAACUCAUCUUGAAUCACUCACAGACACACACCGUCGAAGAAGGUCUUCUUCGUGUUGCACUUCACAACUCUUCACUACUAAAGUCUGCCGAUGUAUUAGAAGCAGUUGGUGCAUUCACAGAAAAGAGAGAACCAAUCUUCAAAUCAAACCUUUAA